UUUAGGCGAAGGAGAAAGUCUAUCGUCUGAAGGACAGAAAUCAUAAUAAUUCCAUUCCUGUACGCUGUAUACAUUUGCUGUUUAACCAAGGGUUUUGAUAUUUAAGAUUGUUUAGUAACCAUGGAGACGAACCCAUUACUGGAUGACAGCCAUGAUAAGGAGGAGAGAACUAUGGAGAGGAUCACGGACAUUGAGCUGAGCAGUAUCCAGUCGGAGAAUCCUCAAGCCAGGUCAUUUUCAAACAAUGCCACUUCAAUACUGAUACAGGAAGAUGACAUUGAAACGCCAUAUGGAAAUCUGCAUGUUGCCAUACAGGGUGACCGAUCUAAAAUGGCAAUUAUCACUUUACACGACAUUGGUCUGAAUCAUGUUACAAACUUCCAGGGGUUCUUCAGUUAUCAAGACAUGCAACCAAUCCUGCGUCAUUUCUGUGUGUAUCACGUGAAUGCUCCUGGCCAAGAGGAAAGUGCCCUGCACUUGAGACCUGAGCAUGAUGCCCUAGGUAAUCCUGACUCACUUGGUAAAAGGUUUGUGUAUCCUUCCAUGGAUGAGUUGGCCCAUGCCAUCCAGAAUGUUGUGGACAACUAUGGUCUGGCAAGAUUCAUCGGAUUUGGGAUGGGAACAGGAAGCAAUAUUCUUGCUAGAUAUGCUCUGCGUCAUCCAGAAACUGUAGACUCACUGGUGCUGAUCAACCCUACAUCAGGGAAGUCUGGCUGGGUCGAGUGGGGUUACCAGAAGAUGAACUCCUGGUACCUGUGGAGUGGCCAGAUGACCAACUUUACAGAGGAAUAUCUCCUAUGGCACUGGUUUGGUUCAAAAACCCGAUGGACAAAUACUGAUUUGGUACAGGUAUUCAGAGAGUACAUCAAGACCAUCAACCCACAGAACUUGUCACUCAUUAUUGAGUCCUAUCUCAAACGAACAGAUCUUGGCAUUGUAAGAGAACUUGACCAGAUGAAGAGAUCAGGGACUAACACCAUCAAAUGCAGGACCAUGUUGUUGGUGGGAGAUGAUUCUCCUCACAUAGAUGAUGUCAUUGGUAUGAACAGUAGGAUGGAUCCACAGGAAACUGACUUUUUCAAAAUCGCUGACUGUGGAGGAAUGCCUCUAGAGGAACAGCCUGGCAAAGUGUGUGAGGCCUUCCGCCUUUUCCUUCAGGGCAUGGGAUAUGUUCCCAUGAAUGGCAUUUUUCCCGUCACUAAACCGGUUGCCCAGUCAAAACCACGUCGCCAACAAUAACCCUAAGAAGCUGGUUAAUACAACAGACUUCACAAAUGUCACACCUGUCUGUUGACCUUUUGUACUUAACACUGACAAUUCAUAAGCCUUGUUACUUAGAGACCAAGCCAGAAAAGAGGAGAGAUGCACCUGAUUACAACCAUGUCUUUUCAAUUCAAGUGAAGUUUACAUGUUUAUAUAGAGACACCUUGCUAAUUCUGAAAUUUUUGUCUGUCUUUAUCAGAUAGUUCUGAUUAUGAAAUGAAACAAAAGACAAUCCUUUUGUUCUAUGAAUUUAAUAUGUUUUUACUGCUUUACUACAAAUGAAACAGAUGGAAAGGUCUAAACUUUGCCUUUUGUUAGAAAACAACAUUGUUACCAAAGUUUUAUAUUGUCUAGUUCUGUUAGUAUUCACACAAUAGAUGGAAAGAGAAGAUUGGAUACAUUAUUGAAAAUGCUAGAAGAUAAAGAGAAAAGCUGCACUACAUAUUGUGUACAGUAAAUAUAUGUAAAAUACACAUAUUCACACCAUCCUUUUAUCAUUGUAAUCCAUCUGUUAGACAGUGGUUGUAUGUUGUAGGUUUUAAUGACACAUAUUUGUGUUGCAAUCGAUAAUAAUAAUAAGUCAAGACAUGUUUUCAAAUGUAAAAGGAAAAGAGAACCAUUCCAUGUGAGAAGAAUGCAAAGAUAUUGUGAUUUCUAGUGGAAAUAAUUUGCUUUUUCUUGGAUUUGAUUUGAUUUUCUGUCAACAUGGUAUAUGCAAUACACAUAUUUUUACGGUACAUCUGAUUACAUGUUUAUACUUUAGUAAGAUAUUGCUUCUUAACAAAGCUCCGAAAGAAUGAGGCAUAUGACAAUUAAGAUCAUAAUAACUCAUUCAUGACAAAAAUAAUCAGGGAUAGUUUUCUUGGAAAGUGUCACCUGGAUGUUCUGUCUUUAUCUGGGUGGGGAGGGAAACAAAGACAACUUUUCUACAUCAUUUUUUGAAGAUAGAACAUGGAUACAUUGUCACAUUAUAAGAUAUGUCUUAUCAUUGGUCUGUUCACAUUAAAAUUUCACACUUGAAUCGUUUGUUGAUCUCGAGCAAGUGCUAUGACAGUUACUGGUUCUCAUUAUCACUAUCAUUGCAAAGUUAUGAUAAACUUAGAAAAUAUCCCAUUAAAAAUGUAGAAAAUAUCCCAUUAAAAAGGUAGAAAAUAUCCCAUAAAAAGGUAGAAAAUAUCCCAUUAAAAAGGUAAAUGACAAUUGUAUUUGUUGGUUUAACAAUUGAAAUUCUUCAUAAAGUGGAAACUUCUAAAAUAUCUGUAUCAUAAGUUACCAUAAUCUUCAUGCAAGUAAAAAUUGACUGGGAUGUGUAAUAAUGAUAUGUAUAAUAGGAAUGAUUAAGGAUUUGUUUCUGAUUUUAUUUAGAUUGUUAUCCAUUUUUAUAUACAAACUACAAGAUCAUUGUGUUUGAUAUGAUUAUAAAUGAUGUAACUUAUUAAUUUCCAAUGUAAUUAUUUAUGACAUAUGUAUUUCAUUCAUUCUUGUUGCUAUUUCCUCGAUUUAUGUGGCAUUAAGAUAUUUCCAUAAAAAUCUUGUAAAUAUUUGUUCUGUUACCAGAGUUGUUUGAAUUCGUUAGUGAUGUUUUGCUUAUUGUGAAUUGUUUGCAGAUGAAUUAUAUUAAGUGGAGUGUGAAGCUACGCAUGUGUAUGUGUGUGAAAGUGAACCUUGCAUUCCUAAAUACCUCCAACUUUGUAUCCUACUCUGAGCUGUGUUCAUGUUAUUCAGGUAAAUCAUUUCGGUCAGAUGUUAUUUAAGAUAUCAGAUAAAAUGUUUUUCUUGACAAAUUUAAAGAAGUAAUACCUGUCCAUUUCAGUAAAUUUCUACUUAAAAACAAACUAGCUGACAUCAUAAUUUGAUAUAAAAACAUAGCUAGCCUGUUUAAGAAAGUUGGAAUAUCUAAUUUACAAAUGUGUAGUGAAUAUACCAUUGAUUCUGAAUUCCAGGUGACAGUGUGUGUGUUUCAUUUACUUAGAUAAUUCUUUGAAAUAUUUCUUAAAAAUGAUUGAAUUCCUUGCAUAAUCUCAAAACACCAUAUCAGGUGGAUCUGUAACUGCAAUGUCUAUACUCAAGAAAACUUGUAUACCCAAUAUUUGCCCUAAAAAUAAAUAGAAUCUUGCAUGUUAUUUGGACAAUAGAGUCACAGCAGUGUCAUUCACCUGUUCCAUUUGCUUUGUUGGAGUUGUGUCUGUAUUUGUUCUGUUUUGUAAAUUUUAAAAGUUUUUGACAAUAAAGUCGACCACUAUGAU